AUUUCCCCUUUUAUUGUGUAGAGCGAAUAUUUAUUAAGUUAGAUUGUUAUCCUUUAGAAUAGUUUAAACAUCAAAAUGAACAUUAAGUUAUUUUUCUCCUGUGUGGCGGUUGCCUUUCUUAUUCAAGAUACAAGCGCCCAAGGAUCCACCGUUGAGUGCUCCGAAUCACCACAAAUUACGAUUGAAAAACCGGGUUUCAUAAAACUCGGCCUUGAAUCUAACGAUAAAUUGGCGAUAACACGAGGCCCAGUCAACCCAGCAAACGGUGUCACAGGGAUUCCGGUUAACUGCCUUCCUCGCCAUAAAAACGCCACAAUAGCCACCUUCAAUCUCACAAUGCUCCAAACCUGUGGUGUUUAUGUAACGGAAACCGCGACACACAUCAACUUCACUUACACCUUGUCAAAGAUUCCUGCCUACGACGCUUCUUUCGUUAUCCACCGUUACAAGGAUAGCUGUAUGAACUUCACUUGCUCGUUCAUUAAGAAAUACACUUUGAACAGCACGAUGCUUGUACCUGUUGUUAAGAAAAUCAAGUUGGCCGGGAUCUCUGGCGAAGGAGCUUUCAAAUUUUCCUUCGGCUUCUUCAACAGCACAACUUUCCAAUCCCCACUCACAGGAAACCCGCCAACUGUUCAAGUUCCCGACUAUGUUUUCGUCCAAGCAAAAGCUGAUGGACUCCAAGCUAACUUUAUUUUACAAGGCAUGAUGUGUUGGGCUACACACACAUCGUCACCUUCUGACCCCAAAAGAUACGAUCUUAUCCUGAACGGAUGCAGGGCACCCGUACUCGCAGGAGAUGCAGCUAAAUCUAUUGUAAUCUUGAAGAAUUACAACUCGACUGAGGUUCAGUUUAAAUUCAAAUCCUUCACAUGGACAAACGUUAGCAUUCCAAUGCAAUCCAUCUACAUCCACUGUAUGGUAUCUGUGUGCGACAUCAACAUCAACAGCAAAUGCAACCAACACGCCUGCGCCGCUCCUACGGGACGUAGACGUCGUGAUGUUAGCGAGAAUUACAAGGGAGAUCACCUGGUCAGUUCCGGACCUCUUUACUUCAAGAAACCAAACCCAUGCGCCCUCAACAACGGAGGUUGCCAUGGUUACUGUAAUGAUAUCAAUGGGUUCGCAAAAUGUUCGUGUCCGUUCGGUUCAACUCUUGGUGCGGAUCAAGUUACUUGCAUGUCUGAACGCAAAUCCAGCGAAUGGACAGUCGACUCGCCGGUCGCAAUGUUCGCCCUCUUCAUGGUCGCACUCACCGUCUUCUUGGUGUAUUACUACAGAAAGUAAAACAAACGGAUAUUCACACUAUUAUGAUAAAAACCUUGCUUCAAUAAUUCACUGUAAUCAGUAAAUUUCGUUAAAACUACUCAAGAAUAAAAAUAUAAUCAAAAUGGUU